UAAAUUUAGAUCUAGAUGGGCACGACUAGUAAACCUCUACGCGUUAUCAGGAGUGCCUAUUAUUUUACGUCAUUUUCUGUACUCACCCAAGAACCCAAAGGCAAUGGAUAAGUGUAGGCAACUUGUAGACCUGUUCAAAUUAUCUUAAUUACAGGCACAAUGAGCAGCAUUGAAUUGACUUCAGGCCUAUUUUAUAUAUUGUAUAUUGUCAUAAGUACUGAGGAUUCCUAGUGAGGAUGAAGAGAAUGUGUUGCCAACUAGAUCAAGCUCACAGGAUGAAACUUCUAUACACAGCUUGGUUUUUCUUCCAUUUUUUGUUAACAUUAUCUCAGUGUGUGGCCAUGGCUGUUGAAGUUCCAUUUAUACCAAAACAGGUUCUAAUUUUUGGAGGGAAUGGAUUUAUCGGAAGUAGCACAGCUGAACGCUUAAUUGAAGCUGGACAUAAAUUGACACUAGUCAGCAGAGGAAACUGGUACUGGGACAGUGCAUCCACUGUCAUGCCCUUUGUUCAGCAUAUUAAAUGUAAUCGUAGGGAGACUAUGGAGCAAUGUAGUGAAUUGAAGCACUAUGUGGCCAAUAUAGAGCAGAUUGAUGCUGUCAUAGAUUUCAGUGCAUACUAUGCUGAGACCAUACAGGAAUCCCUAGAUUUGGUCCAUAGAAAAACAAAGUUAUACAUUUAUAUCAGCACAGACUCUGUGUAUGAAGUCUGCAUUAAAAAUCACACAGGACCAACUCUUGAAACGGAUGCUGUCAGACCUGAGUCUGAGGAAAUGAGAAAAAACUUUGAAUCUUGGGAUAGCUACGGGCAUCACAAACUUGAGUGCGAGGAACAUCUAACAAACUUCAGUGCUGGCAACAGUGCAUUGCCCUUCAUUAUUCUAAGACUGCCAGAUGUCAUUGGACCCAGAGAUAACACUAACAGAUGGUGGUACUAUCAGUUGUGGAUGAAGCUCAAAUAUUAUUUAGAAAAAGAUAUCAUUGUGCCGAAAAGCUCUGAAAAUCGGCUCAUGAGUAUGGUCUACGUCAAGGAUGUAGCAGACAUGAUACAAAAACUAGUCCAAAACAGCUACCCUAAUGCAUAUUUUCAAACUUUCAAUCUGGCCCUAAAAGAAACAUUUACCCUGAAGCAGUUUCUGGAAACUAUGAGAGACCAACUGAAUGCCACCAAUGUCAGCAUCACUGUGGAGGACAGUCCCUUGGCUACAAGGAUGUAUCCUUCUGUCAAGUUAGGGCCCGUCGACACAACAAAGGCUGAGCAGAUUCUGCAGUGGGUGCCCACAAAAUGGGCGGAUGUGCUGAGAGAAACUUGUGACUUCUAUGAGAUGGCCAUUGCAAGUCAUUACUUCAUCAAUCAAAGAUCUGAUAUGAUCAGAAUGCUACAAAACUAUUUAACUACUAAACCCAACAAUGUUUACAGAGCUUUAAGAAAUGUUUAUGGUUUGGGUUAUCCAGAAACUAAAGAUGAGUUAUAAACACUAUUUAUUUUAACCAUUCAUAGUUGUAUGUCUGCUAUAGGAAUGUUGUUUUUUUUAAUUCAUAUUUUAGUCAUGUUCUAAAUAAAUAUUAUGCAAUUAUUGAAAUUACUACAAAUCUACAAACUGAAAACAAAAUUGAUGUUUGAUUAAAUUUUAUGGGUAGAGGGGAGUUAACAAUAUUUAGUGCAAUCUAAUAUAACUUCUAUGAAAUCAAACCAAUAAUUUUUUUUUAUUUGAUAGGAUUUAUAUAUAUAUAUAUAUAUAUAUAUAUAUAUAUAUAUAUAUUAUUUGUAUCUAACAUGCAAGUCUAAAAUCAAUAACCUACCAAAAUAGUAUAAUUCUAUAUUUUUUAUGUCUUUUGUACUGUGCAUAGAAACUCAAUUAAUAUCUGUGGUGAAAGAGUUAAUUUUUUUAAGACAAGAACUUGAAUCAAGAAGGUACAGUAUUGGCCUUUACAAGUUUAAAAUACUCUGCGAAAGUCUUCCAGUAUUGAACAUAUUUAGACUGGUGGUCUACUUAGCCAUGUGACACACUAUUUCUUCCUUGAUCUUCGAAUUUGAAGAUGAGGCUUUAUAUUUUAAGAUAUUUUGAUAAUUUUUAUAUCAGAUUGUCCAAUGAUUUUGGUGCUAUUUUUUUUAAAUUAUAUCUAUACAAGCCUAUUGUAUGUUUGUAUUUAUUAUCUGUAUUUUACAAGAUAUUUUUGAUGCCUUCUUUCUAUUACAAGGCUUUUUCAUUUUCAAUAUCACUUGUUUUGAAAGAUAUUGUCCAGUAUUUUCAAAGUAUAUAAAAUAUGCUAUUUAUAUUGCUUUACAUUUGGAAAUUAGCAUUUAUUUAAUUUUUUUUUGUAUAUUAACAUUCACCUAGCCUACAUUUGAGUCUAUCUAAUAUACUCUUGUUAGUGUAAAUUACAAUUUAAAAAAAAUGUAUAAACUUUCUUGUAAUUAAAUGACACAAGACUUA